UAUCCUUGUGUCUCGAAUGAAACUAACCUCUGCAACUGUUCUAAUUGUUAUAGAAUUUUGUUGGAGGCUUAAGAUCAACGUCCUUUCCUUGAAAGUGGACCGAAGGAGCUCGAAAUGUUGGAUGAAAACAAGUGCAAAUUUUUUAAAUAAGCGCAUGGAGGUCUCUCCAGGUAUUUUUUUUCUUUGCUGUGUGGUAACGCUAGUGUUAUUGUUUCGACCAAUACGAAUACGAAGACGAAUUUGUUGGUGGUCUUCUCAUUCUCUUCUCUCUCUUCAACCUACUUAUUCACCCCUCCAACUCGGCUUCUCUUACCUCCUUCACCUAUCAACUCUUGUCUUAGAACGAUUUGCAGGAGAAGAUACAAUAUACUGAAAUGCGCAUGGUAAAAAAUUUGAGUCGUUAUAGGAAUAUAACAUGAGCUGAAAAGAUUCCGAUUAUCUCGAGAUAGUUACACAUGCACAUUCUAUGUACCAAAUUUGGGUUGAAAAGAUAAAUUAGAAUCUUUUAAUUUGCAAAUGGCAUAGAAAAGCAUAUUGGCUUCCUACCAUUCACUUGAUAUAUUCCACUCUGCACAGAACAAAGCCAAAAGCAUUGUGAAAGGAAUAUGCUAUUUUGUUAUAUAAUAUAUACAUAAAAGUGCUUCUCUCCCA